AUGUCUUACUCGCAGGCCAGAGCAACAGCUUGUUCUGCAAUCCAUGCUCUCAUAGUAUAUUGGUCUGAUGCCAAGAAGCAUCUUUCUGUUUUCAAAGCCAGCAUCCAUGUCCGUCCUUUGCAGCUUAUGAAUCCUGAAAAUAAUGUGCUUUCCGUUUGUAAAGUAUCCAAGCAAAGCACCACUGGCGGAUUGUCUCUUCCUCAACUUAGUAGGGGCAGGAAGUCAAAUUCAGAAGGUUUGGGUGAAAAAUGUCCGGGAGAAGUCGAAGACGUUAUUGAAAAAUUCACUUAUCACGAGAACAAGCGUCAACAGCGGCGGCGAGAAGAAAAGGCUAUCAGUUCUCACUAUGAUCCUAAUUGGAAGAACAGACAUAGCGAGUCAUCACUAUUCUUUAAAGAUGAUGAUCUCGUGGGAAUAAAAAAGGCACGACACGAGUUAUUGGGGUGGCUAAUGGCUGAAGAACCCCGACGCACUGUCAUUUCUGUGGUUGGCAUGGGCGGUUCAGGAAAAAACACCCUUGUUGCCAACACCUUCAACGAACAAAGUGUUAAACGAAAUUUCGAGUUCUGCACUUGGAUCACCGUCUCCCAACAAUAUGCAAUUGAAGAGCUGCUUAGGUCCAUUGUAAAAGACAUCUACAACCAGACGACCAGAGAAGUUCUGAUGCAGGAGAUCAAUAUUGCAUUUCCAGAAGGUAUGCGCAGAAGCAGGGUCGUGGUUACUACUCGAAGAGAAGAUGUAGUGCCUUGUCAAUCCGGGUUUUUAAGCCAUGUCCACCGAAUUCAACCCCUGAGAAUGAAUGAUGCUUGGGAUCUUUUCUGUAAGAAAGCUUUUCCAAACGGUUUAGGAAGGUGUUCAUCACAUCUAGAUGAAUCACUGGCAAGAAAUCUAGUUAAAAAAUGUGAAGGCCUGCCAUUAGCUAUUUCAGCUCUAGGAGGCUUGAUGUCUUCAAAGAAGUCGAUAACCGAGCGGAAAAGAGUUCAUGAUAAUAUGGCUUGGGAGCUAAGCAACAAUCCUUUACUCGAAAUAAUGAAAACCAUCUCUAUGCUUAGUUACCAUGAUUUGCCUUUCCAACUCGAGCAGGGCUUCUUGUACUUCUCUCUUUUUCCUGAAGAUUAUGAGAUUGUACGAAAAAGAAUUAUGAGACUUUGGACGGCAGAAGGCUUUUUAGAAAGUAUUAAAGAUGUACAACCAGAAGCGGUUUCUGAAAGUUACCUAAUGGAACUCAUUAGCCGAAGCUUGGUUCAAGUCACGCUGAGAAAUGAGUUUGGAAGGCCAAGAAAAUUUAAAAUGCAUGACCUUAUACGAGACUUUGCACUUUCGAUAGCGAAAGAAGAAAGUUUUCUUGCUGAAUGUAAUGGAGACAAAGGAGUAGAAGAGGAAGAAAUUCAUUGCUACUUAGUUCGAGUGAAGGAUGAAGAAAUAACGACCGCGAAUGGUACGUCUCAACUCCAUUCCUUGAUCAUUUUUGUUGUUGAUGAAAAUUCCAAGUUCAAUAAAUUGCCAUCUGGUUUAAAGUUGUAA